AAGUUAUUCAGCAAUCAAGUGUUCAGCUUGGAAUUCCAAAGCUAAUGUUUUUAUUCACUUUAGCAAUACUCACGUCCUAAAAAAAAAGAAAUACCUCCUCAAUCCUUCAUCUCACGACAUCCUUUGCCGAUUCCAACUCCAACUCCAACUCCAACUCCUCACACCGCUGCUGCUGCCUCCACACCAGACACCACCAUAGCCCCCACCACCACAUUCACUGGCUCCUCCAUUUAACGGAUUGAAGCAGGAAGACAACCAAGCCCCCUUCAUCGUAGCGGCGAUCCAGCAGUGGAGAUGGUGCAAUUUGUGGGGUAAAUCUAAAUCUGAAACUGUGGCUCACUUGGGAUAGUUGCACAAGUAUCUAACCAGUGGGAUGGGAAGCUUAAUAACGAGCAAGUCAAGGCCAACCCCCUGCACCCGCACCCACCAGAUUGGCGCCCUUGCCCUUAUUGUAACCACCUUCUUCCUCACUCGCCUCUUCGAUCAAACUUUCACUCCUUGCUAUGAUGAGUUCCGUUCCCCUGUAUUGAGCCCCACUACACGUUCCUCCAUUAGCUUUAAUCCUGGCCGUCCGUUCUCUUGGCCUGAGCCGGGUUAUGGGUCUCACCUUAACCUCAAGAUUUAUGUCUAUGAUGAGAAUGAGGUGGAUGGGUUGAAGGCUUUGAUGUACGGUCGUGAUGGAACAAUCUCUCCUGAUGCUUGUACCAAAGGCCAAUGGGGCACUCAGGUCAAAAUACAUAAGUUGCUUAUGAAGUCUAAGUUCCGGACCAUGAAUAAAGAGGAGGCAGAUCUUUUUUUCGUGCCAGCUUAUGCAAAAUGUGUUCGGAUGAUGGGAGGUCUAAAUGACAAGGAAAUUAACAAUACUUAUGUAAAGGUGCUUAGUCAGAUGCCAUACUUCAGACUCUCCGGUGGACGUAAUCACAUAUUUGUCUUCCCGAGUGGUGCUGGUGCUCAUUUGUUCAAGUCAUGGGCUACAUACUUGAAUCGCUCAAUCAUUCUGACACCUGAGGGUGAUCGUACUGAUAAACGAGAUACAAGUGCCUUUAACACGUGGAAGGAUAUCAUCGUCCCUGGGAAUAUUGAUGAUGGGAUGACGAAAGAAGGAGCUUCUUUAGUUCAGCCUUUGCCACUGUCAAGGCGGAAGUUCUUGGCAAACUUCUUAGGUAGGGCACAGGGGAAGAUUGGUCGUCUUCAAUUAAUUGAGCUUGCGAAGAAAUUUCCUGAUAAGUUGGAAUCUCCAGAGUUGAAGUUGAGUGGUCCUGACAAACUAGGAAGGAAAGAAUACUUUGAACAUCUCCGCAACGCAAAAUUCUGCCUAGCUCCACGUGGAGAAUCAUCAUGGACCCUACGCUUCUACGAGUCCUUUUUUGUGGAGUGUGUGCCAGUAGUGCUGUCAGAUCAGGUAGAGUUGCCUUUUCAGAAUGUUGUAGACUACAGCCAGAUAUCAAUCAAGUGGCCAUCAACUCGAAUAGGGCCCCAACUCCUGGAAUAUUUGGAAUCAAUAACAGAUGAGGAGAUUGAGAACAUGAUUGCUCGUGGUAGACAGGUGAGAUGUUUGUGGUCCUAUGCUCCAGAAUCACAACCAUGCUCUACUAUUAAUGGAAUUCUUUGGGAACUCCAACGAAAAGUCAGACAUUUUCACCAGUCAGCUGAAACAUUCUGGUUGCACAACAGAACUGUUGUAAAUAGAGAUUUAGUACCAUUUUCCCAUUGGAAAGCACCUAUUCUUUUGCCUUAACUUUACUUUUAGGGUUUCAGAUUACUUUUUGCGAGAUGAAAAUGAUGCUGCAAUGUAGGUAGGUAAUCUGAUAUAAUUUGUAGCAUGUGUAUUGAAGGUGGAUUGAUAUCUGUGAAGUGCUUGAGGUUUUGAUUUACAGACUGGAGUACCAUGCCAUAGGUUAGAAGGAGAAAUAUGUUUGGAGUGUUUUGAGUAUGGACUCCGAGUAUUAAAGUAAUUUUUAAAGGGUCACUUUAUUUUGAUUA